CGCUAUCUAUAACCGGAUGCAACUUCACCCUAAGAGCUUUUACUAAAAACAACUUUACCCUGUUCUUUCUCACCCCCUUCCGUCUUCGAAUCGAUUUCCCUUCCCUACUCAUCUAAUUUGCAGUUCCUGCAAGGUUUUCCGGGGCGUGCGACGUUGUUCACGCACUUCUCGAGGCGAUCCAGAUUGCUUCCUCGAGAGAUCCGCCAUCACCCACUUGCACCUUGCACUCUCCCUACCGCCCGCUCACCCUUGCCUCCACUUCCGGACCGCCCAUCGAGGAAGGAAGUGAAAGGCCUUCAGAUCCAAAACGGACGACACGCACAUCUGCUAAAACUGCCUGCAUCUCCUCUCUCCCGCCCGCGAGCCACAUCCUGGUCAAGGAACGGCACUCGACAUAGAUUUUCUUCUACUCACGCGAGAACCGACAAAGCUAAGCUGAUCAUGCCUCCGCACUCGUUCAUCUAACACUUUUCUCCCCUACCCCAUCUCGCCGCCGCACGACACUCGAACGUGAGCCUGCCCUUCUCAACUGCUGCCUCGACGGUUCAUGCUGCCCUCGCCAUCGAACACACACAUAUGCAUAGCCCGUUCCACGAGCGGCGAUCGUCAGCGAAGAUGGGUCCAGACAAGGUUCCUUCCCAGGACCGGUUCGGUUCAUCCCAAAGCCGACACCCCUCCACCUCAACUACUCGCGUAGGAGGUGUUCCCAGUGCCCCUCAAUCCCCUUAUUCACGCACGCCCAAAAGGAGGACGCAGGACUCAUUGUCAUUUUCAUUCCCCCCGCUCUUCCAGCCCAACACAUCGUCCACAUCACUUGUUCCUUCGACGGCCGAGGGAAAGCCUAUACCUCUGGACAACAAUACCGCAGCACAUCGUACUUCAGCCCUCCGCGAACUCAAUAGCAACUACCCUUCUCGUCACCGCUAUGCCAAGUCAACCGGUGCACAGAGCAGCACUUACUCUCAGCCCGUCAUUGUGAGAACCUACUCUGGGUCACAUACUCGCACCACAAGUACCAACCGCAGCAAUGGCGUAGGCGUAGGCGGGCUCGGCCCUCAGACGGUCUCGCCCAUUGCGAGCGGUCCCGCAGCUUCCGUGAGGCGCAUCAUAGCUCUUCGAACCCCAUUCAGCGGAAGCAAGUCGACUCAGCAUGUAGGUCUGAGCAUGGCCAGAGGAAUGGCAAAGCAGCGGCUGGAAGGCCAGGAUGCCCUGGCCAAGCUCCCACCCGUCGAAGCGUACAGCUUCAAGAGCAUGAUGGCCAACAUUGAGGCCCAGGAGGGAGAGAACGACAUCAACGCCGACCUCGAUCGUAUCGCCGAGAUAUGUGCCCGGUCGCGAUACUCCUUGAGCAACCAGUAUGAGGUCCAUGUUGCUCCUCACGGCUCCGGUGCGUCUUUUGUAAGCCACGCCUCGUCAUCCAGGCGCCAGCGCCAAACUGCUGGUCCAACAUUGGAGGCCGUCGUGUCGGACGACGAGCGCAAACAGAAGAAGAGGCGAAGUGGCGGCAGGAGAAGGAGCAUAGCCAUGGGUACGCUUGAAACCAUUAUGUCUUCAAGUCGGUCUUCUGAGGAAGACAAGUCAAAGAAGAAAUCGGCCGCAGAGCUCACGGCUGAGGUACGGGGCAGAACAGCAAAAAAGUCUUCAGGCAUCACUUCGCCGACUUCAUCCGUAAGUGAAGGCGAGGGGCAAUCGAGGAAAUCUCGGAAGGACCAGCCUCCGCCGCUUGUGAGGCGAAAGUCGUCCUCAUUCGCCACGGCCAUGUUGGAGAGCACACGCCAGAACUUGACGACCAACACUACCUCACCGCGGAGCUCGGCCACGGGAUUGGUCAGCAAACCGGCUCUACCAAAAACCUCGACCAGUCAUCUCGAGGUCCGAACUGAUGUCGAGGAAGGCGUAGCACAUCACCAUUAUCAGGCACCCAAGGCUUCGGAUCAAGGACCCCGGUCCGAUGCUCUUGAGCCUCAAGACCCCAAAACGCUAUCCCAGCCCGAUCAGACGAUGACGCCGACGGGGCUCCUUGGUGGCCUGACCGGUUGGGUGCCGUGGAGGCUGCCACCUAUUGUGGGACUAGGCUCAGCCUCUGCUCAAGGCGGCGUUUCGAGGAGCCAUGCCGAGGGGAGCUUGCGGGAUUUGCUAAAAACGACUGAUAUCAAGAGCAAAGGGAAGACCAUCGAGGGCCAUUCCUAAGACUU